UUAGUGUGACGCUACUGCUUGUCUUCAGAUCUGGCAGAAGCGAGAGAGGAAACACACUACCUGUCGUCCAUCUCAUGAUUUAUCUGUUCUUUUCAGAACCAGACAUAAUCUGUCAACCACCCUCUUGCUUGGGGUGUGUUACAGAUUCUUGGGGGCUCGUCCGGGAUUGGCUCUCCACAUUGCCAUGAGCUAAUCCCACAACCUACAACACCUCGUGCUGGUAAAGCUGACAGCGUUAUGCCGGCUGCCCCAAAGUGAGCUGUCAGUGUGAGACAAGCUGAGACCAAGUGAGGAAGAGGGCUGGACCCAAAAGCAACCUACUACGAGAGACUGGGAAAGACGUCGUCAUGGCAGACCAGGAGAGGAAAAGCCUGGUAUGGGACAUCAGGAAAAGCCUACUGUCGCUGUCAUCCAACGAACUUUUCCAGAUUGCUUCUACAGUCGGCCCUGUUCCAGGCAAAGAUGCUGCAGAGCUUUCCAGUGCAGACGUCGAGGGAUGUUUCGAGUACAUCCACGCCUUUAUGUACAGUAAGAACUUGCUAGAUGCUGAGGAUAGGGGCAUGGGAGAACUACUAGCUCUAAAGGAUGUUGUCGAUGAGGUUGUUCAGUCCCAAAGUAGUGUAAUCCCACCUACUGGGUCAGCCCAACCAGCUAACACUGAUGUACUAUUUUCUGAUGUAACAAAUGUAACCAGUCCUGUAACCGCAAGCGCCAAGCUAAUCACUGAGACAACUAAUGAACUCAGCUGUGACGUUUCACCAGAGAAUGUCCAAAAGAUGCUGUUAGACUAUGAGGAGUUGAGCCGAAAGCUUGGUAGGCUGAUGCACAUUCCCACACCACAAGCCACAGCACAACCUACACUCUCAGUCCCACCUCACUCUGAGGCACAGAUGGUCGUUUCCAGACACAGAGGACCCGAACAAGUAGUGUCAUUGAAGGAUCUGUCCUACAUUCAUCGCCGUGAAUUCAAAGUUCAAGGAGGCCAAAUUGGAGAUCACUCAUCUGAUAUUAGCUUUAACAGUGUUUGCAGACAGAUAGAGGAGGGGAUAAAGGACAAUUUCACUGAGUCUGAGAUCGUGAGAGGUGUGCUAAGAAUAAUAAAGCCAGGGGAUUUCAAGGACAUGCUGGUCAAUAAAGAAGACAUGACUGUGGCUGAGCUCAAGGGAUUCCUCCAGUCGCACUUAGGCGAGAGGAAUAGCACAGAACUAUUCCAAGAACUAAUGUGUGCCAAACAAAAUGAGCAUGAAACCCCUCAGCAGUUCCUCUACCGUGUUAUUGGACUGAAGCAAAGAAUAUUGUUUGGGUCAAAACAGCCAGGGACUGAUAUCAGGUAUAGCCCAGACACAGUACAAGAUGUCUUCCUACACACAGUGUAUCAGGAAUAG